AUGCCGGAGCGGGCAGAUGCAGAGCUGCAGGUCUAUGGGGAGAUCCUGACUGGCAAGACCCUCACCCGUGAGGGUGAGCCCAGAGCUGCCACGGAGGAUGUCAAAGCUAAAAUCCAAGUCAAGGAAGGCGUCCCGCCCGGCCAGCUACGGUGGAGUUUUGCAGGCAAACAGCUGGUGGAUGGCCGCACUCUCUCGGACCACAACAUUCAGAAGGAGCCCGCCCUGCCCUUGGUGCUUCGUCUGUGUGGUGGGAGCAUCGAGCCCUCCCUCCACCUGCUCGCCCAGAAGUACAACUGUGACAGGAUGAUCUGCCGCAGGUGUUCUGUCCACCUGCGCACCUGCGCUGUCAACUGCUGCAAGAACGGUGGCCGCACCAACAACCUGCGGCCUAUGAAGAGCGUUAAAUAA